AAUGGUUCGUAAAUUAAAAUAUCAUGAAAAGAAACUUCUCAAAAAAGUUGAUUUUAUUCAUUGGCCAGAGGUGGAUAAUAGCUUACAUGAAAAUAAAAUAAUGAGAAGAUAUCAUGUUGAGAAGAGAGAACAUUACACAAUUUAUAAUAAAUUAUCUAGAGAGGUACGAGAAAUAGCUAAAAGAAUUCGUGAUUUGGAUGACAAAAAUCCAAAUAAAUUAAUAUUUGCUCGUCGUUUACUUGGAAAAUUAUAUGAUAUGGGCCUUAUUGAAACGGCGGAUACUUUGGAGCGCUGUGAAGGUGUAACAGCUUCGUCCUUUUGCAGAAGACGUUUGCCUGUUGUUUUAUAUAAAGCAGAAAUGGCAACAACGAUCCAAAAAGCUAGUCAAUUUGUUGAACAAGGCCAUAUCCGUGUUGGAAUUGAAUUAGUUACUGAUCCUGCAUUUCUUGUUACUCGUACACAAUCUGAUCAAAUUACUUGGGCAAGAGAUUCGAAAAUUAAGAAACAUGUUAAGUUAUAUAAUAAUGAAAGAGAUGAUUUUGAAGAUGAAUGUUAA